AUGAUGUACUAUUCUACUACCAUACUUGUACAAUGCGACAAAAAGCACCCUGAAAUCAAUUCCCCGGCACCGCUCUUCUGCCUGGCGAUGCUAUUCGUUAUUGCGGUGCUGCGGCCGUCAGCGCCUGCCGGCUUCUAUUUUCUCAUAUUCUUGCUGAGCGGUUCCUACUGGGCCACCUAUAAUUCACUGCGUCGCGGUUUCUCCGUGCUGCUGCGUUUCCUGAUGCUGGUGAUCGCUUUGCAUUCGGUGUGCAUAGUGGCCUAUCAGACACCUUGGGCGCAAUAUUACCUGAGCAGCGAUAAUUUAAUAGCGAGAUUGAUCGGCUUGGAACCGUUGGUCCUCUCCUCAUGCGAUCGCGACAUACGCGUCAUGAGCUAUAACCUGAAAUAUAGUUUCGACUCGUUUAUUCUUCCCAUCCUAAUGCUGUUAACAUACUUUGUGCUAGCGCUGACCGCCAAGUGCCUGAGCAAUCCGAAUGUCACCGCAAAGCCCAAACCCGUCAUAGCCCAAUUAGAAAAUGGCAGUAAAUUAGCUCGUCAAAUAUCACGCAUAACAACACAUUCAUCGCGUGGUAGUAAAAAAGAUAGUUGGAAGCGUGCACAGCGUCUGACUGGACUUUACGAUGAAGAAUUUUCGAUUUUUCAGCAUAAAUGGUAG